UGUUUGUAUACACCACAUGGGGAUUCCUCUGUAAUGGCGGCGGUGGACAAAGAGAACGCCGACUUGCGUCUCAAACUUCAACAUGGGUGGCCGCGGCUGCAGUAGGAGAGGAGUGCCACAUAUCCUAUAUGCAACAGGAAUAUGGAGAUGAUGCCCGAGACCCCGCCAGCAGGUGACGCCAUGCCAGUCACCCGGGCAUUGAGGAACAACAUCCACGGAUCAGCAGAGAUGAGAUAUGACGUAUGGAUGCUUGCAUCACAGCUGGGAACCAGGCCUAGGACGCUGGGAUAGCCUUAGGAGACACCUGAAAGGUACUCGGACAGAGACCUGGAGACUGAAGGGUUGUGGAAUAAGUUCUUCAUCAUCUAUGAACCAUUCUUUUAAUGUCAGUAUCGAGGGAUUGAUUGUUGGAGCCCAUAAAGUUGAAUGUAACUCAUCAAAGUGUAAUGCUAAUAUCUCUGACGUCAUCGCAACACCUACCCAACCACCAGGCCUGAACAGCUCAGGAAAUGACCUGAUGUGUUACUCCUGCUUCAGCACCAAUGCAGCACAAUGCUCUGAAGAAGUAGCGGAAAAGGUGAGUUGUCCAGAAAACUCUAUUACCUGUUAUGAAGCAAGUGGCAGUAUGAGUAUAGGUUACAUUUCCUUUCCGUUGUAUGCAAAACAAUGUGCUAAAUUCAUCGGUAAAGGUUUUAUAAUUAGUUCAGGCUGGUUACAAAUCUCAGUAGCCACUAGUUUACACUGCUCUGAAAGUCUUUGCAAUGGGAAUCCAAAGGCUGCAGUUCCCCCUACAACUGAUUCAUCCCAGAGACCUACAACAACUAACAGCAUUAUAAAAAGCCCGUGCUAUCUGCUCCUGCUCAUUCUGCUUCUUAUUACCCCCUCCCUGUAACUACAGAAACAAUCUGUAUCAUUCAUUUUCAAGAUCACACGGGAUAGUAAAAAUUUUAUACAAAAA